GUCACGAGGUCUAGGCUCUGAUUGGUCAACAUAGCCGGCGGGAGAAGCUCAAACAAAAUUUCGAAUGUUUCAACUGUUGUGUUAAUUUCCUGUGCGACCAAAGGUUUUACGUUGUCGUUAGGAAUAGCUACUUCUUGUUUAUCAAAUUGUUAACGUAGUUUCUAACACAUUGCAAGCAAUAAAUACACGGAAGAUGGCUGAACCACUAAAGGCCUUUUUUGAAAACAAGCCAGUGGCAAAGGCUAAGAAAGAUCCCAACCGGCUGUCCGUGGAAAGGAUUUAUCAAAAAAAGACGCAGUUGGAGCACAUCCUGCUCAGACCGGACUCGUAUAUAGGUUCUGUAGAACCUGUCACUCAACAAAUGUGGGUGUAUGAUGACAUUGUUGGACUGAACUGCCGUGAUGUUUCAUUUGUGCCUGGGCUUUACAAGAUUUUUGAUGAGAUUCUCGUAAAUGCAUCUGACAAUAAGCAGAGGGAUAAGAGCAUGUCCUGCAUCAAAGUCAGCAUCGACGUUGAAAACAACACGAUCAGUGUAUGGAAUAAUGGGAAGGGGAUUCCUGUGGUGGAGCACAAGGUGGAGAAGGUUUAUGUUCCUGCUCUCAUCUUUGGACAGCUUCUUACUUCCAGUAACUAUGAUGACGAUGAGAAGAAAGUCACUGGUGGGCGUAAUGGAUAUGGUGCAAAGCUAUGCAACAUCUUCAGUACAAAGUUCACGGUAGAAACUGCCUGUAAAGAGUCGAAAAGGUUCUUCAAGCAGACUUGGUAUGACAACAUGGGCAGAACGGGGGAUCCAAGCAUCAGACCUUUUGAUGGAGAGGAAUACACUUGCAUCACCUUCAGGCCAGAUCUGUCCAAGUUCAAGAUGAGCAUCUUGGACAGAGACACUGUCGCACUCAUGACCAGGAGGGCCUACGACAUUGCUGGAUCCACCAAGGGUGUCAAGGUGUUCUUUAAUGGAAAGAGGCUGCCAGUUACAGGUUUUCGUAGCUAUGUGGACAUGUACGUGAAGGACAAGGUGGAUGAGCUGGGUGGCCCUCUCACUGUGAUUCAUGAAACUGCUAAUGAACGCUGGGAGGUCUGCCUCACCAUGAGCGAGAAAGGUUUUCAGCAAGUCAGCUUUGUCAACAGUAUUGCCACAACAAAGGGAGGCAGACACGUCGACUAUGUGGCUGAUCAGGUGGUUGGCAAGCUCAUUGAAGUGGUGAAGAAGAAGAACAAAGCUGGUGUGGUUGUAAAGCCCUUCCAGGUGAAGAACCACAUGUGGCUGUUUGUCAACUGCCUCAUCGAAAACCCAACCUUUGACUCUCAGACCAAAGAGAACAUGACACUGCAGCAGAAGAGCUUUGGGUCCACUUGUCCACUCAGUGAAAAGUUCAUUAAGCAGGCCACAUCCUGUGGAAUUGUGGAAAGUAUCAUGAACUGGGUGAAGUUCAAGGCUCAGGCUCAGCUCAACAAGAAGUGUUCUGCUGUUAAGCACACAAAAAUCAAAGGGGUUCCAAAAUUGGAUGAUGCAAAUGAUGCAGGCGGUAAGAACUCCAUUGGCUGCACUCUGAUCCUCACUGAGGGAGACUCAGCCAAGACACUUGCUGUGUCUGGGCUGGGGGUGGUUGGAAGGGAUCGAUAUGGGGUGUUCCCCCUCAGAGGAAAAAUGCUCAACGUCCGGGAGGCCUCGCACAAACAGAUUAUGGAAAAUGCAGAAAUCAACAACAUCAUCAAGAUUCUCGGUCUUCAGUACAAGAAGAACUACAGUGACCCAGAAUCCCUCAAGAGUCUGCGUUAUGGAAAGAUCAUGAUCAUGACAGAUCAGGAUCAAGACGGUUCACACAUUAAGGGUUUAUUGAUCAACUUCAUCCACCACAACUGGCCUUCACUGCUCCGCCAUAACUUCCUGGAAGAGUUCAUCACCCCCAUCAUAAAGGCAUCUUUCAAGAAAACCCAGAUGUCUUUCUACAGUAUCCCUGAAUUCGACGCUUGGAAGAACAGCCAGCCCAACCACAAAUCUUGGAAAAUCAAAUACUACAAAGGUUUGGGAACCAGCACAUCACAGGAAGCCAAGGAGUACUUCUCUGAUAUGCAGAGACACCGUAUCCCCUUCAAGUACUCUGGACCAGCGGAUGAUGAAGCUAUCACCCUUGCCUUUAGCAAGAAAAAAGUGGAAGAGCGAAAAGAGUGGCUAACGAACUUCAUGGUCAACAGGCGCCAACGCAGGGAGCUCAACCUGCCUGAGGACUACCUAUAUGGGCAGUCAACCAAGUCUCUGUCCUACAAUGACUUUGUCAACAAGGAGCUUGUACUUUUCUCCAACUCUGACAAUGAGAGGUCCAUUCCCUGCCUGGUGGAUGGCUUGAAGCCAGGUCAGAGGAAGGUGAUGUUCUGUUGCUUCAAGAGGAACGACAAGCGGGAGGUGAAAGUGGCUCAGCUGGCUGGCUCAGUGGCUGAGAUGUCAGCCUACCAUCAUGGGGAGGUCUCGCUGAUGAUGACAAUCAUCGGUUUAGCCCAGAACUUUGUGGGAAGCAACAACUUGAACCUGCUGCAGCCUCUGGGACAGUUUGGAACCAGGCUGCAUGGAGGCAAGGACUCCGCCAGCCCUCGAUACAUCUUCACCAUGCUCAGCCCUGUGGCUCGCCUUCUUUUCCCACCAGUAGACGACAACCUCCUGAAGUACAACUUUGAUGACAAUCAGCGCGUCGAGCCAGAAUGGUACAUUCCCAUUAUCCCCACAGUCCUGGUGAACGGAGCCGAAGGCAUCGGCACAGGGUGGGCCAGCAAGAUUCCCAACUAUGACAUACGCGAGAUUAUCAACAACAUUCACCGCUUGCUUGAUGGAGAGGAACCUCUGCCUAUGCUUCCAAACUACAAAGGCUUCAGAGGCACUAUUGACCAACUGAUGGACAACCAGUAUCUGAAUAGUGGAGAGGUGGCCAUCAUUGACUCCACCACCAUUGAGAUAUCAGAGUUGCCUGUCAAAUCCUGGACACAGGCCUACAAGGAGAACGUGCUGGAGCCGAUGCUGAACGGCACAGAGAAAGUUCCCCCUCUCAUCAGCGACUACAAGGAAUAUCACACAGACACCACCGUGCGCUUCGUGGUUAAGAUGACACCAGAGAAGCUGAGGGAGGCAGAGGCCGCUGGCCUUCACAAAGUCUUCAAGCUUCAGAGUCCCCUCACCUGCAAUUCCAUGGUUCUGUUUGACCAUGUGGGCAGCCUGAAAAAGUACGAGUCGGUGCAGGACAUCUUGAAAGACUUCUAUGAGUUGAGGAUGAAGUACUAUGUGCUGAGAAAGGAUUGGCUGGUAGGCAUGCUGGGGGCAGAGAGUGCUAAACUCUCAAACCAAGCCCGUUUCAUCCUGGAGAAAAUUCAGGGCACCUUGGUGAUUGAGAACAAACCGAAAAAGGAGCUGAUUCGCAUGCUGCAGCAAAUGGGUUAUGACUCCGACCCAGUCAAAGCUUGGAAGCAGGCCCAGGAGAAGAAUGAGGAGGAGAUGGAGGAUGAAGAGGAGGAGGAAAAGGCUGACAAAGAUGAUGCAAAUGGGCCCGACUACAACUACCUGCUGAGCAUGCCCAUGUGGUUCCUGACCAAGGAGAAGAAGGAGGAACUGUGCAAACAGAGAGAUGCCAAGUUAACAGAGCUGAGCACUCUGAAGAAAAAAUCUCCAUGCGACUUGUGGAAGGAAGACCUCGCUGCUUUCUCAGAGGAACUUGAGCGCUUUGAGGCCAAAGAGAAGGAGGAGGAGGCCGCCAUGCCGGUGAAGGGAGCUAAGGGAGCUAAGGGAGCUGGGAAAAGCAAAUCGGUGAAGGUGAAGCAGGAGACUAUGCCCACGCCCCAGGGCCGUCGCGUUGUUCCACGCAUCACCAGCACAAUGAAAGCAGAGGCAACCAGGAAGGCUGACCUUAAGAAAGGAGAGGGCAAGAGAGGCAGGAAAGUCAAGAGCGAGGAUCUUGUGAUGAAGAUGGAGUUUGGGGAGGACGCCGACAACUCUGAGCAAACUGAGGAAACUGGUCUGGCUGCACGAGUGGUCAAGAAAACCAAAACCCAGCCAAAAGAGAAAGCAGCCUCAAAGACUGGAAAACAAACCACCCUUCAGUUCAAGCCUGUCAGCAAGAAGCCCAAGAAGAACCCGUGGUCGGAUGAGGAUUCUGAGGAUGUGUCGGACAGUGACAUGGAGGUGGAGGAAGUGGUCCCCGCCAGGGAGCGCGUGGAGCGCAAAUCUAAAGCUGCAGUGAAGUACAGCCUGUCUGACAGUGAGGAUGAAUUUGCCAGCUGGGGGAAGAAGGCUCCUAAGCAGAGAGCUGUGGUCAGUGACGAGGACACCAGCUUUGCUCCGGAGCCCAGCGCUUUGUCCCCCAGCGACAGCGACUCUCCCGCCCCCCCUCCCAAAGCGCCAGCACCAACAAAAAAAGCAACAAAAUCCAAAACAACAGUCAAAAAGGAAGAACCCAAGUCCAGAUCUCACUCUGAUGAUCAGGCUCACGCCCCCAAAGCUGCACCUGCUAAGAAAACGGCUGCUGCCAAGAAGAAGGCAGCAGAUGGAAAGCAGCCAUCUAUCCUGGAAGCUAUUUCCAAGCCCAAAGCUUCCUCCAGCAAGGCUGCCAAAAAAGCCCCUUCAUUUGACUCCAGUGACUCAGAGGCUGGCAAGAAGGCUCCAGCUGCAAAGGCCAAGCCCGUUGUGAAACGAAAGCAGGCCAUCAGCGACGACUCGGACAGCAGCUCGGACAAUCUGAUGUCCCGCCUUAAGGCCAAAUCCAACGCCGGCACCAAGAAAGCCAAACGGGAGGACGACAGCUUCCAGGUUUCAGACGAGGAGGCGGCAGCUCCUGAGGCCGCGGCUCCCCGGAAUAAAGCCCCACGGGCCCGCAAACCCGUCAACUACAACCUCAUCUCUGACUCGGAUGAAGAUUUUUAAAGUAGUUUUUCUCUUUUUUAAAGCUUGUAAAUAUGUUUGUUUUUCAUCGUGAUCUUUUUGCGUUUCAUUUUCCUCAGUCACACACACUCUCAUCUUCACUCAUCCAGUUUUCAUAGUUAAACGCUGUUAUUUCCAUGUUAAGUCCGAAAGUUCAUCUGUACGAACCUCUUCAUGUAAAGUUUGUGUUUUUCCGUUUCUGUUUUGUCUCACAAUGCAAGUAUUUCUGUGGUUCUUUUUCUGCUAUCCUUUUUGAAAUAAAGUUCUGAUUUUGUCCCG